AUAAUAAGUAAUCAAAUUUGAAGGACUCUGUGAGUGAGUAGAAAGAGAGAAAAAGGAAGAAAGACUGAAAAAAAGGUGUCUUUUUUUCUCUCAUUGAAUUGAGUGGAGAUCUGCAGAGGAAAUGGCAAGUUUUGGAGGGACAACUCAGAAGUGUAAGGCUUGUGACAAAACUGUUUACUUGGUGGAUCAACUUACUGCUGACAAUAAGGUUUAUCAUAAAGCUUGUUUCAGAUGCCACCACUGCAAGGGUACACUCAAGCUGAGUAAUUAUAACUCCUUCGAAGGAGUUUUGUACUGCCGUCCUCACUUUGAUCAGCUAUUCAAAAUGACCGGAAGUCUGGAUAAGAGUUUCGAAGGGGCUCCAAAAACAGUCAGGGAAUAUUCUGCUGAUCAGGGAUCAAACAGUAAGGUUUCAAGUUUGUUUGGCGGAACUCAAGAUAAAUGUGUUGCUUGCAAGAAAACUGUUUAUCCCCUGGAAAAGGUAGCAGUGGAUGGCACUUCGUACCACAGAGCUUGUUUCAAAUGCAGCCACGGAGGCUGCGUGAUCAGUCCAUCAAACUAUGUAGCGCACGAGCAUAGACUGUACUGUAGGCACCAUCACACCCAACUCUUCAAGGAAAGAGGUAACUUCAGCCAGAUGGAAGACAAUGAGAAAAACUAAAGUAUAAUCGACUUCCAGUCGAGAGUUGGACCAGUUACAGUUCUUGUUCACAUAUACAAUUGAAGACUAUAUCACAUAUAUCUAUCUAUAUAUGACAUCUUCAUGACAGUCAACAGAAGAGUUUCCUUCAUAUUGUUUUUAUAGGUCUAUGGUUUUGUGCUUUAAUGCCACCAAUGACCAGAACAAUCUUUUUUUUCUACCAAACACAAAUUGUAAUUGCUGUUGUGCUUGUUCCCAAAAUUCUCAUGGAGUUUUAUGAUGGGAGGGUUUACUUUCCCUAGUUGAUAAUUGAAAUUUGUGAAAA